GAGGAGGAAGCCCUGUAAUUCAGUAAAGGAAGUCUUGAAUUUAUACUCGGCGCUCCAAGUGUGCACAAGUACGGGGUGUUACCCAACAGGUUCUGAGUCUUCAUAACCAUCACAGAGAGCCGCACGCUUUCUGACUUUCUGUGGUUUCUCUUUCUCGCUCUCUCUCUCCCAGCUGCUCUGUCUCUCCUGCCGUCUCUCUCUCGCUCUCUCUGUAUCUCUCUUUUUCUCGCGCUCUGCCUCUCCACGUUUCCACGGCUCCCGUCACAGUGGAAUUUCGUUUAGCACUAUGAUGUCAGCUCUAGACCUUCUUCUGUGAGCACUGAAAGGUUAUGCUGCCCAAAAGCUCCCCACUGAGUCCAAGCGAGAAAGAAAAGGGCUAAACUCAGACCGGCCAGACCCCAUCUGUCACGCCUUGCUGCCCCGCAAAGACACAGAAGAGCCAUGAGCGAGUCCCCGGUCUCCAGCUUCGUGGUAGAAGCCAUGGCAGCCGUCGUCCGCUCCCCAGAGUCAUCGACUCCACCCCCCCUUAAUGUGCACCAGGAGGAGGAUGAGGAGGGGGACCUGAACAAAGCCCUGGGGGUAGAGUGUUUCCAGCAGAUUCUGUACACAGUCCCUAGUGUCCCAGAUGAGCAUCGUCGAUGCUACAGUGAGGAGGACUUUGAGUACCACCGUCAUUCCUCACACCAUAUCCAUCAUCCGCUGGCCAGGCUGCCCUCUGAUGGACGAAAGAAGAAGAGCAGCAAGAAGAAAAAGAGUGGGGGCCACAAAAGUAGUAGUUCCGGGGCCCCUACCAUCGAAGAGGGGGAGGAGGAGGAUGAAGAGCGCACACUUGAGAGAGAUGGCCAAGCGGCUGUGCCCACUGCCAGCGCAGUCUCUGACAGCCCGAACGAGAGAGUGCAGUUCUUCCUUACGGAUGACCCUCCCACUCCCUCACCGGGCUGUUCCCUAGCCCCACAACCAAUGGACUUUGUACCGGAGUUGGCCAUGCAUGCAAGCCCCCCCCACCAUGAGGAUGCCACACCCACAGACAACUGGGAACAGCAGGGGAUCUCGACCGAAGACAGAAGCAGCGCGUCCACAGCCGCCCCGGCGUCCCCCGGCUCCCCGAGGGCCCCAGACACCCCCAGCUCGCUGACUCGCGUGCCGUCCACCAGUCGUGGCUACGACCUACAGGAGCGCCGCCGCACGGGUAACAUGACGGGAGCUGAGCAGGCCCGGUACCAGCGGAUCCCCACGGAUGAAAGCGAGGCCCAGAUGCUGGCCACCGUGGACCUGGACGGGAUCAAAAGCCAUCGCUUCGAGGACGUCCCAGGAGUCCGUCGGCAUCUGGUCAGGAAGAGCACCAAGGGCCACAUCGUCCAUGUCAGCAAGGACCACAAGGAGCCCAGCACUCGCAGUCGAAAACUAGACCGUACCCCCCAUGAGUCAGAGGUUCUCAGCAGCUCCUGUUCCAUGUGGGUGGGUAUGGCCCGAAUGGACUGCGUGGGCUGUGUGGCCCUCAACCACAAGGAGGUGUUUGUGGAGCUGAACGAGCUGAUCAUGGACAAAAACCAAGAGAUGCAGUGGCGGGAGACGGCCCGCUGGAUCAAGUUUGAGGAGGAUGUGGAGGAGGAGACGGACCGCUGGGGGAAGCCCCAUGUGGCCUCGCUCAGCUUCCGCAGCCUGUUGGAGCUCCGCAAGACCAUCUCUCAUGGAGCUGUUCUCCUUGACCUGGACCAGAAGACUUUGCCUGGCAUUGCUCACCAGGUGGUUGAGCAGAUGAUCAUCUCUGAUCAGAUCAAAGCAGAAGACCGGGCAAAUGUAUUGAGAGCUUUGCUGCUCAAGCAUAGUCACCCCAGCGACGAGAAGGAGCACAUCACCUUCCCCCGGAACAUCUCGACUGCUAGUCUAGGCUCUCUCAUGGUUCACCACAGCAGUAACCACAGCGGCCAGCCGGAGUCGUCUGUCACAGACCCGCUCAUGGGGCGCAGCAGAGCCAGUUCCGAGAGCGACACACACAUUGACAUUGACAAGCAUGAGAAGGACACUAGCCAAAUGAUGGGUAUGCAUAAGUCCAAGUCCAAACACGAGUUAAAGCUACUAGAGAAGAUACCUGAAAAUGCUGAAGCCACUGUGGUCCUUGUGGGCAGUGUUGACUUCCUGGAACAACCUACUAUGGCUUUUGUUCGACUGCAAGAAGCAGUGGAAUUGGAAUCCGUCUUGGAAGUUCCAGUGCCAGUCAGAUUCCUCUUUGUUCUUCUGGGACCACCUAGCACCAACAUGGACUACCAUCAGAUCGGCCGCUCCAUCUCUACACUUAUGUCCGACAAGCACUUCCAUGAGGCGGCCUACCUUGCUGAUGACCGGCAGGAUCUGCUCACCGCCAUCAACGCCUUCCUAGACUGCAGCAUCGUGCUGCCGCCAUCCGAGGUGGACGGGGAGGAGCUGCUACGCUCCGUGGCGCGCUUCCAAAGGGAGAUGCUGAGGAAGCGUGAGGAACAGGAGGUCAAACUGCUGGCCAAGGAGCCCACGGCCAUCGAGGACAAAGCUUUCGUUACUUCCUUGAAGCCCUGUGAUGACCCUUUACGGAGAACCGGGAAGCCGUUUGGCGGCUUGAUUCGGGAUGCCAAGCAGCGCUACCCCAGAUAUAUCAGCGACUUUAGGGACGCCCUAAAUCCCCAGUGCAUGGCCGCUGUCAUCUUCAUCUAUUUCGCUGCCCUGUCUCCAGCCAUUACAUUUGGAGGACUGCUGAGUGAGAAGACUGGUGGUCUUAUCGGUGUGUCUGAGCUGAUCGUAGCCACGUGCGUUCAGGGUGUGCUGUUUUGCUUGCUGGGUGCUCAGCCCCUCCUCAUCGUAGGCUUCUCUGGUCCCAUCUUAGUGUUUGAGGAGGCAUUCUAUUCGUUUUGUGAGGGGAAUGGCAUGGAGUACCUGACAGGGCGGGUUUGGAUCGGAUUCUGGCUCAUCUUGAUCGCGGUCCUGACUGUGGCUUUCGAGGGCAGCUUCCUGGUGCGCUUUGUGUCACGCUUCACGCAGGAGAUCUUCUCCAUCCUCAUCUCCCUGAUCUUCAUCUAUGAGACCUUCUCAAAGCUGGCCAAUAUCUUCCAGGAGCACCCAUUGCGGCGAUGCUCUGUGGAUAACGGCACAGAGCUGAAUGCCACAGACCGGCACGUCUUUGUGGAGAACCCCGCCGCCGUGCAUCUGCUGAAUGACACCGGGAGCCGGGACCCAAUCAUAGUGACGGGAGAGCCCAACACUGCCCUGCUCUCCCUGGUCCUCAUGUCCGGAACCUACUUCAUUGCCUUCUACCUACGCAAGUUCAAGAACAGCGCCUUAUUUCCUGGAAACAUCCGCAGGAUUAUUGGCGAUUUUGGCGUCCCCAUUGCCAUCCUCGUAAUGGUGUUGGUAGAUUACAGCAUUAAAGACACCUACACCCAGAAACUGAGUGUACCCAGUGGCUUCUCUGUUACACGCCCCGAUAAGCGUGGCUGGUUCAUCAGCCCACUGGGCUCUGAUAAGCCGUUUCCUAUCUGGAUGAUGGCAGCCAGCAUCCUCCCAGCCCUGCUUGUCUUCAUCCUCAUCUUCAUGGAGACACAGAUAACCUCGCUGAUAGUCAGUAAAAAGGAGCGCAUGCUGGUGAAGGGCUCCGGUUUCCACCUGGACCUGCUGGUCAUAGUGACACUUGGCGGCAUGUCUGCACUCUUUGGGCUGCCCUGGAUGGCAGCUGCCACAGUGCGCUCCGUCACGCACGUCAACGCCCUGACCAUCAUGAGCAAGGCUGUCGCCCCGGGAGACAAGCCCCGCAUCCAGGAAGUCAAGGAGCAGAGGGUGACCGGGCUGCUGGUAGCCUUACUCGUAGGCCUGUCCAUAGUGAUCGGGGACCUCCUACGGCAGAUUCCCAUCGCGGUGCUCUUCGGGAUCUUCCUCUACAUGGGGGUGAUGUCACUGAAUGGCAUCCAGCUUGCAGAGCGCUUUCAGCUGCUGCUCAUGCCUCCCAAGUACCACCCCGACCACACCUACAUCCGCAAGGUGCGCACGCUGCGGAUGCACCUCUACACUGGUAUCCAGUUGGUGUGCCUCAUUAGCCUGUGGGCUGUCAUGUCCACUGCGGCUUCGCUGGCCUUCCCUUUCGUCCUGAUCCUUACUGUCCCUGUCAAGAUGUUUUUGCUGCCAAGGAUCUUCAGCCCCCGAGAGAUGCAAUGUCUGGACGCAGACAACGCUGAGCCCACUUUCGAUGAGAAGGAGGGCCAGGAUGAAUACACAGAGAUGCACAUGCCAGUGUGACACGGCAUGCCACGCCCCCUUAAUGUUGCCCUGGGAACACCUCUCUAGUCUGCCAGCCAUUCACAGCUGGGGUGACAAGGAGCACAGCGUUUUUAUCAAAAUUUUUAUUUUUUUUACCAAAAGGAGUCUCCUUAAGCUAGGAAAGAUACCCUUUAACCAGGACCUACAUAGACUUUGCAACAUCUGCAGGUCUUUCUUAUAUUCAAACGAAAUGCCAGUUUAAUCCUUUCUGUUUGCAUGCCUCACGUUUCUAUGAUCGACCAUCCCAAUUAUUCUUUGCUUCCAUGAAGUUACUCUGAGUAUCUAUUGAGCAAGAACUGUACUCCUUUCCUACUAAUUCUUCCAUGGCCAAUAUUGGUAUUUUGAAGCAGCUGUUAAUAUAAUUUUCAGUGUUAUUUUAUUUGGCUGGCGUCACUGCUGACUAUUGAACAUCAUUUUGAAUACGCUCACAAUUUUCCUAUUGCCUUUAGGUUAAAGUCUUGCAUUGCACACUAAGCACUUUUUCUGAACUAAUUGAUAUCGAAUAAUUAAACAUAUAGGACAUGUUAAUGAGCUGAGAGGAAUGGGGCAGCAACCUUUUGAAACUUUUUGGUCUAAUCAUGCAGUGUAGAGUAGGAUUAAAGGUUAUUUAUUGAUAUUUAUAAGGAGGAAAAGUUGUCUCAUACGCUCCAGCAGUACACCCCAUUACAUUCACUAACGUAAGGCUGCACGAACAUAUCAAGCAAACACAGGAGUGAAUUGCUGUACUGUACCAAAGGUGCCAUAACAGGACUUUGUAAAUGGAGUAAGAGUUUGCAAGAUGGUAGCUCGACUGUGAAACUGUGGUUUGCAAAGAGGGACAUGCAACUCAUUUUUCUCAAAUAUUAAGAAAUAUAUAUUCCAACUGUAAAGGAGGGCUGUAUUUUGUUAGCGUCGGUAUCAUUUCUUUAACAUACCUAAGAUUGCUGCAUAAUGUCCAUUUCAAGGAGGGCAGUGGUCAGUCAGCCGUUAGUGAACAGUUAAAAGAUUGACCACUAGAGGGCGGAAAAGCUAUAUCAAAGGCUGUGGAACGUGCAUUUUGGACACAGACGGGAAGAUCUUAUUUGUGUCAUGUGGUACUUAAUUUGUGUCGAUUUUUUUUUCCUGUUAACGCGGAAAAUUUACAUUGUGACUUCAUUAGUCCUAGAUUAUGCUUUAUAAAGGGAACUGUCCUUGUUUUUUUACUUUGACCUGUCAAACCUCACUUUGAGUAACUCACUUCUGCACUAAGGUGAUGCUGCUUUAAAUGCACACAUCUAAAAACAUUUGUUUUGGAAAAACCAUAACAUGCCUGUUGUUUGACCAAUUUAUGUCACGGGUUUAAUUAUAACUGGUGGAAAGGCCUAGUACAUAUGACCACUAAGCCUAUGCCUAUUAUAUUAGUGGUUUUUCUGUCUUUAAUAUUAGACGCUAACAACACCUGUAGCUGCUUGCAUUUCAGAGUUGUGUCCACUGAACAUUUUCCAAAGAAAACCGAUGCAUAUUGUUUCUGCCAUUUUUCACCAUUGUCAUAGUGUUUGACAAAAAGACCAAAUAGCACAGUGAGAACAAAUAAGUGCAAAACAACAUGUGUAUGUCUGGUCUUGAGCUUGCAGGGAAUUGCACCAGUGGUGUGUGAAUCGACAUGCAGGGUGAAUUGUAGUUUUCAUGGGGAAUUUGGGUGGCAUAAAUGUGCUUAACAUUGAUUACAAAAAAAAAGGGACCAGUUCUCUUGUUACAUAUGGUUUCAUUGGUUUAUGGUAUAGCAGGAUAGGGACACAACUGUUUCCAAGAGACUAUGAGAUCUGAUUUUUGUCAAAUUGCUACAGACCACAGCAACUUAAAACCACAUUGUAUGUGUGUGUGCGCGCAUGCAUACACUGUUGUGCCAGGACAGUGUUCGUUCUUGGCUAAGUUUGUUGUAGCUGUAUCCUUUUAUGUGCCUUAAUGUGCCAGACCAGCAAAAUUAGUUUCUGUUUUGGCUUCCCUGCCGUUAUGAAGGUGUAAUGUAAUUCUUCAGUUCAAAAAUAAUUUUGCACAUUCCUAAACUUUGACCUAUACAGUGAUAGUUGAAUCUGUUUUGUAAAAAGGUCUUAAAGGCCUGAGGUUGGUAUAAAAAUAAGAUGGCAACAUUUGUAUACAAGUGGUUAUUUUCUUAGGAAAUUGAUGCAACACAUUUUGAACUGGUCAUCCAACAAAAGCUUAAGUUCUAGUUGAAGUGACCCCUUUUAAGAGAAGCGUGACAUUUUUGUAUAUGUGUAGAUUUAAGAUUCUCUUAUAUAUUUAUAAAUAACCUUUUUGAAGCAGAAUGUUCUUAGUUUGUGGCAGGGUGGUUGGUCAGACUGCUUUUCAGUACAGAAAGCACACCAAACAGGAAGGACUCCUUUUCAUGUACUGUGGCUGCACAACCACUCAGUGAUUAGCUGCUCUGGCUGCCUGAACAUCUAUGGUGCAAUAUCAUUGGGGAAAGGCACAGAGGUACCCCACACUGGAAAGUGUCUGUUAUUCUUAAUACUGAAUCUUAAGCACUCAAACAGUAAAAACAUCUGUUCCUUUAUAUUGGUGUUUUUUUUGGCACUUUCUUCCACUUUUAUAAUAUGUUUCUUAAGAGGAGGGGUGUUGUUGUAAAUUUAAAUCCCAAGCAUGCCUUGGCCUUUCCUGUGUGCUCCUUGGGUGGGCUCAGAUUUAUGUUAUGCCUUCUUCCCUUUUGUUACAUACAGAAUUGACCUGUCUGUACCCAACACUACUCCCAAAAAAAAUCACACACGGGCCUCACUCCCGGGAUGUUCGUGACUUCCAGAAAAUACCACUAACAGAUUUCCCCCCCCCACACAUGAUACAAGAUGUUUCGGUAAUAUUUUAUUGCAAAAUGCAAAUAUUUAGGUUAUAAAUCAUUUGUGGGUCAGACUUAGGCAUGAGCAAUGUCCUGUUUCUUUUAGAUCAGAAAUAAAUGUAUAUUGCCUGGAAAACUGAAAGGGGACAGAUUGUGAGGAGAUUUGGAUGGUUGAAUACAGAUUGCUGUGUAGUAAAUAGUGCUAUGGAGUUAAGGGUAAUCAAAUUAGACAUUUCAAGAAUGACAAUGGAUGUAAUUUCUUCCAUAUAAUGUUCUAGAUUUUACUGCUCAAUGGUUUGUGUAUAUCUACUUCAAAUAUGUGACAAAUAAACAUUUUUUUCUACUA